CCUAGGACUAAGCUUUAUGAGUCCUCUUAAUGUGUAAUCUUUCCAGAAAGAACCUGUUUGAGGUGAUGAACGAGAGAGAGUUCAGAGGGCUGGGCACCUCUCAGGUGAGGAGCCACGCCAUCUCUCUGGUGCAGUCUCUCCAGUUCCUUAGUAGGACCGGCAUCAUCCACUGUGACCUGAAACCGGACAACAUCCUGGUAGCAGAAGAUGACUCAGAGGUCAUAAAGGUGGCUGAUUUUGGGGCAAGCCGUCUGGAACAUCUUAACACCUAUCCUGUUACCCAGACACUGCCCUACAUGUGCCCAGAAGUUAUUCUGAAGAAUCCCUUCAGCAAGGCCAUUGACAUGUGGAGUCUGGGCUGCAUCUUAGCCGAGCUGAAGACCGGCGAGGUCCUAUUUGACGCGUGGGAAAAGUACGAGCUGCUGCUGCAAAUGAAGAAGCUGCUGGGUGCUCCCCCAAAGGGUAUGCUGACGAAGACCACGCUCCAGUACGUGCUCUCUGGUACAAGAUAUAGCAGACGCAUGACCAGGUGGCGUCUGUCUAUGGCCCUGGACACGGAGGACCAACUCUUCCUUGACUUCAUCCAGCGCUGUCUCACAUACAAGCCGGCGAAGCGCAUGACCCCGGAUGAGGCCAUGCAGCAUCCCUGGAUUAAGGAGCGCUUCCAGAGUCCCAGCUCCAGUGCAGACUCUUCUCCUCACCAGUCCACUAACUGGGAGCACAUGGUGGACUCUACCUGCAACGCAGCCCCGUCCACCUCCAGAGCAGGACCUAGACCGAUCGGAGCCAGAGGCAGGAGGAGGGAGGGGCCGCUGAAUAAUGCCGGUCCCACCUUCAUGGGGACAUGAGGGUGCCACUCAACCUUCACGGCCUUCAGGAAACACCUGACACUGUUUAAGCAGAGGAGACCCAAACAGUACACGGAGGUGAGGUACCUUGUUAUAGCUUCAGAGGAGAUCCAGGAGACAUGCGCCCUCUACCAUGGUUAUGAUGACAUCAAGGGACACUACAAGAUGGUUAUCAACGACCACAUUACCUAUGAGGUCCUGGGGGUGAAGGGUCAGGGCAGCUUUGGUCGAGACCUCAAGUGCAGAGACCACAAAACCCAGCAGCUGGUAGCCAUGAAGGUGAUUGCGCACAACCAAAGUUGAGGCAAUGGCGGAGGUGUAAAUUCUAGAGCUGCUCCAAACGAACGAGAAGCAUGACAUCAUCAACGUCGUCCAAAUGAAGGAGCACUUCCACUUCCAGAACCAAAUGGACACUCAUGAACAUGUGUGUCCAUGCCUUGAGGUACGGAGACAGAUGACUGGUAGGGGGAGGCCAUGGAGUCGACCCCCAGCUUGCCUGACACUGGGUUGCUGUCAGACAGAGCUGAUGAGGAUGCAGAAAUGGGUGGCGAAUCGACGACAGAGACUCAACGCUACCCAUAGUGUCCGUAGGAGAGACAAACUGAAGAAACAACUCACGCACAGCUGAAGAAGCCGAUCCUCCAAAGAAGGUCCAGCACCAUUUGUUCACAGACUGAGUGUUACUGGGGGUUAUCAGGAGAUACUCCACAACACUGACUAGGUGAUGGGUCGCCUCUGGUGGUUCCUGUGGUGCAGGGCCUGAUUAUUCACGCAGACGGCCCCACAUGGAAGGAUGCGGAAGUUACAAAAAGAGCAUGAAGCAAGCUGGGGUUCUACAGCUGGGGCCCAGUGUAUGUGUAUCUGUGUUCGCAGCAAAUGCCAGCAUCCAUUGUAUCUGCCGUGUCUACGUGCCAUCACGUGUUGGCUAUAUACAUUGGGUGUGGUAUGUUAUCUGAAUUUAAAUGUCUUUAAAAUCAUCAGUCAUCAGUUACGAUCACCAGAGUCCCUGUUUUAAGUCGCACAAUCGCAAGGAGUGGAGAUUUUUUUUAAUUAUUAAAAUCUUGUGACCGAGGUUAUACAUGACGUAUUCAAUUCACAUGCCAUUUCAAAAUGACCUUAGGACAUGAAGGUUGCUCUCCAGAACUCAUGAUGAAACCCUUUCUCAGAGGCGCGAACGGCCGCUAUCUUUCUGAUGUGGUCGGAAGUUAUACUUGAUAUUAUAAAUCACAGUACUCCAAAAUAACGAGUUCCCACGAAGACAGCCCUCCCCGGGCCACGUACCUUGUUAGCCAGGACAACAAAUGCUGCAGGGAAAAAUCACUUGACGACUUGACAAACAGCAUCGAGUUACGCAGGGACAUGUUGAACAAUAAUAUGGUGGAGUUUGGAGAACACAGUUAAAUUACAUUUCUUGAUUUUUUUUUUAUAUCUGCCUACAUUUUAAUACAGGUGUAUUCAGGAUAUCUUUAACUAAUCUAAUUAUUA